UUGCGUCUCCUUGUCUCUCUGUCCGAGUGUUUUGUCUUAACAUAUAUUUAUUUUUAAUUAGCUAUUUUUGGCUUCAUUUGCCGAAAUCUAAAUCCCCGGGCUUUCCAUAUACAAAACAUUCCGUUUUUGGGAAGGUCUGGGAUUCUCGGCCGAUAUAUCGCCUGCAUUUUUGUCACCCAAUCCGGAUAUAUAUUGUUCUUCAAGCUUCAAUCUCCAAGACAUUCAAAGCUUUACUGGGUUAUUAAAGUUGGCCAGUGGUGUAAUUAAAGCUAUGGCUUCUGAGUAUGUGCUUGAAUGAACGGGAAACCACCAGUUUUGAUAUUGUAGCUGUGGGAAAAAAAAACAGAGUAGAGCAGAGCAGAAAACAGAGAGCAGAGGAAAUGAAAUUAGAAAGAGAGAGAGAGAGAGUGAGUGAAUUAGAGGUAUAAAGAACGACAGCUAAGAAAAAAGAAGAGCAAUUGAAGGGUAUUAAAGGGGAUAAGUAGACAGCAACAAGAAAAGGAGUAAUCAAAAGCAGAGGGAUUUUUUUUUAAGAAAAAAAAUGUUUACGUGCAUAGCUUGCACAAAGCAAAUGGCGGAUGGAGGUGAAGAAGUAGAAGGAGCGCGUGGAAGUGGGACUCCCAGCACCAAAGAAGCUGUCAAAAGCCUGACCACGCAGAUCAAGGAUAUGGCAUUGAAAUUUUCUGGAGCUUACAAGCAAUGCAAGCCUUGCACAGGCUCCAGCAGCUACAAGAAAGGAAGUCGACCAUAUCCAGAUUUUGAUGCUGCUUCAGAAGGGGUUCCUUACCCCUACAUGGGUGGAAGCUCUAGCUCAACGCCUGCAUGGGACUUCACCAAUGCCAGUCAUCAUCCAGGAAGGUCAGAUUCCAGAUUUACAGGGGCAUUCAGUGGUGACAAAACUCCUGGCUAUAGGGAGUCUUUCUCGGUCCAGGACCUGGUGUUAGAAGAUGAGGAUGAGCCCAAGGAAUGGAUGGCACAAGUGGAGCCUGGGGUUCAUAUAACUUUUGUCUCUCUCCCUAAUGGAGGAAAUGAUCUAAAACGGAUUCGAUUCAGCCGGGAGAUGUUUAACAAGUGGCAAGCGCAGCGGUGGUGGGGUGAGAAUUAUGAUAGAAUCAUGGAGCUCUACAAUGUACAGAGAUUUAAUCGUCAAGCAUUACAUACUCCCCCAAGGUCUGAGGAUGAGACGCAGAGGGAUUCGACAUACUCAAGGGUGGGAUCGGCAAUGGAAAGCCCUAUGGCUCAUUGGACGCCAAGAAACAACUAUAAGCCUUACAGUGCAGGGCCUAGUGGGUUUUGUCCGGGUGGCACAAGAGGGGAUGCAUCAUUUGAUGCUUCACGGACGACCACCUCCUCUAGAGAUGAGCCUUCUGUUUCGGUGAGCAAUGCGAGUGAGAUGGAGGCAGAAUGGGUUGAACAGGAUGAACCAGGGGUUUACAUUACCAUCAGACAGUUGGCUGAUGGCACCAGGGAACUCCGGCGUGUCAGAUUCAGCCGCGAAAGAUUUGGAGAAGUAAAUGCAAAGCAGUGGUGGGAGGAGAACAGAGAAAGGAUACAAGCACAAUACCUUUAAAUUUAUGAUAGUAUUGCACCAAAAAAAAAAAAAGGAAAUUUAAAAUUACAAAAAGGAAGAGCAGCGGUGGAUCCAAAUGUGUGUUUGCAGUUGGAUGUUCCCUCUCAAUUUUGGUUAUGAUAGCGGAUAAGAGUAAGACAGAUUUUACAGGGCAAUUGGGGGCUGUCACCUUUACUUUGUAACUGAUCUAAUAAUAAUAUGUCCUUUCACUCCAAAACUAAUCUCAGUCAAUUUUUCAUUCAUGGUGACAACCCAAUUGGGUUUUGUUUCCCAGCUGCUGCUGGCCACCCCUUUUUUUAUAUUUAUUUUUUUGUUGGGCUGCCAAUUUUUAGGGGGCUUUUAUACUACCACCUUAGAAGACCUUUUGGGUCGGGAAUUACCUUCUCCGCGGUUGUUUUGUUUGUUAUUUUGUAAUACAGAACUUGACAGUUGAAGAAAUGAAAUUCAAAUUAUCCCA